CACCAAAAGAAAAAAAGCCUGGCGAGCAGCAUCAACAAGUCCAUGGAGCCAUCGUAAUUGUUAGGGCGGCAUUUUUCUCCAUCAUCGCCUGACCCAUUUCUUUCCUCAUUCCAUCUUCCAAACGCGAAUCGCAAGCGGCCAUGAAUUGAAACAUCAACGUAUCGCCAUUUCUUUUUCCUUUUGCGUGCAACACAGCAGCCGCAUCGCGACCAUCUUUUCCCGGCACCUCGCUUCCCGACCGACCGCAGCAUCAUCGUCACCAUGUUUUCGCCCGCCGUUGUCGACAGCGGCCAUGGCGCCGCGAUGAAGAGUCGCCGUCGCCAGCGCCCACUCAGCUCCGAGAACCUAAUGCUACAGCCAAAAGCGAAGCGACAGCGACUUCCCCUCAGCGAGCAAACCUUCCAAACCCCCGAUGCACCACCCGAGAUGUACGAGGUCAAGGCCGAAAAACUCGCGAAACUGCCCGUUAAACACGAGCGUCCCCGCGAAAUCACACCCGCCCCGAAGCAAGACCUCAGCGUUCGCUCCAAAAAGCCCAAGCCGGGCGAGCGCGUCAGCAAAGGAGAUGGGAGCGUUGUCUUGACCACGAACAAUGCGUACACUGUCAGCAAACUUCCAGCCUUACCAGACAAGAUCCGGGUAAAUGAGGCUAGCAGUCGACAACAUGGCACACUGUACUCGGCGACUGGCCACGCACUAUGCCUGACGCAUACCCAGGUAUUCGUCUGGCCCUACACGAUCAACACGACCUCGCCAGAAACAUUCGUCUUCAACCUCGACCAUCCUUCGCGCCACGCGUCCGACCCACUUCCCCUCGGCUCUUUGGUAGCACCCUCUGCGGCUUCCGACGAGCCUGGCCUCAUUGUCGUCAUGCCCGUGAGCGGAAAGAUCUCGUACUGGGAAUCCAUAGCGAGCGCAGCCACCUUGACUUUUAUGCGACAACAGCGCAACGGAAUCGAGGAUUCUAUUCCCGGAAUGUUCUCCGGCGAGCAUGUCAUCCAGCUUGUCAGCGCCGAGACUGCAGGAUUCAUCCUGGCUUUCAGCAGUGGACGGAUGGCGCAUCUGAGUGUGAGGGAUAGUCACGGCCGCCCGACGAUAUCCGUGCAGUUCCUCCGCAGCGGUCUGGCACAGACAACUGGUGGUUUCCUCGGCAGUAUCCGCCAUGUUCUCAAAGCCUCUGCUACUAAGGGAGACAUCGCCACGGUCCGGACAGGUCCUCCUACGAAGGCAGGGGAGCGCAAUGUCGUCGCUGCGACCAGCCGGGGAAAGAUUACCGCCUGGAGGGUACAAAGGGGUGGCCAUCACGAUGUGCUUUCCGAGGUUGACGUCCGUGACUCGGUUAUCGCUGCCCUCCGAGCCCGCGGCUCUCCGUCGGCCGACUCGUCCCCCGAGGACUUCGAGUUGCUUGAUGUGGCGUUCUCACCCAACGGUGGGGAGCAUGUUCUGGGUGGGUUUGGCCAGACCGACUCGGCCCACAGCCUGUGGCUUCUUGUUACCUACGAUGGGGGUCUUGAGCGCUCGUAUGCGUUGGUAGAGGCAGCUAUGGAGCGGUACAGCGUCAAGAUCGGGGCCCUUCGCCCUCUUACUUGCUACUCGAGUUCGAUAUCCAAAGAUUCCACCGUUCGCCCGCGGCUAUACCUGCCGCAGCCCGGCCGUGUAGCCUUCAUCGUCUUUGACCGAGCAGUCAUCAUCGCGUCCCUAGCCGCUCGCCUGGAGGCACCCGGUCUGCCAACGAACUCCGCAUCCUUCGAGGACGUUAUCGAUCUACGAGACCAGGACGCCCUGGAAAUCACGGGCUCUGGGGUCGAGGAACCUAACAUCAUUGGGCAGGAGGUCGAGGGCCUUCGGACACAUCGGCAAAAAAUCAAGAACCCAGGCACACUCCUCAUGGUUCGAGGAGUGGGUGUUGUUCGGGUUGCAACCACCGAUAUCGAUCGAUUCUCCGGCGACGCCACACCUCGGAUCACCCCGAAGAGCAAGCUCGAGCAGGCCGUGUUCUUUGGCAUCAAGGACGACAACCCGCUCGCCUUCGACGGCAAGCGGGCUCUUCCAUUUUCCAGCAAAGACAUUGGCGAUGCAGCUUUGCAGCUGAGCCAGGAGAUCCUGAGUUCCGAGUCGCCGUAUCUCCUUCACGUCCCAGCUCUGCUCGAGGGGAACCUUCGAACCCGGGGCAGCUACCUAGACCGACUGAUGACCUACUUGAACGCGCUCAAAGUUGACCUCGAUCGCGAGACACGGUGGGCCCUGCUCUGGAACGCUGAGAAGAUGAGCGUGGCAUCGCGAAUCUGGAAGCAACAUGAGCAGUUCCUCUCCGAUCGUGCAACAGCGGACAAGAAGAGCGUCGUCUCGGAGAUUGUGGAGUAUAUCCACGAGGACGAGAAGAAGGUGCCGAACCAGAACAAAGGUGAACUGGACCGUGUGAGGCACUGGUUUACCCACGACAUCUGGCGCCUGGAGCUGUUUGUGGCCUGGGCAUAUGAAGUCAUCAAGUAUAUGUACACCCGCCAAGUCGCCAACGAUACCGCUAUGACCCGCCUACUGUACGAGGCCAUGCAGGUCCAGUACGAGGCGCUCAAGGGCGCGUUCGAGUAUCGGAAGGGGAAGCUGUCGUUCUAUGGACUCCAGGACGAUAAGUUGGAGAACGGAGUGCUUGUCACGGGCUACGAGGGGCUGCCGACAGUUCCUUGGACAUCGACAUACUACAUCACGAACAACGCUAAGAGGCUGAUCGAGCUUGCGCACAAGUGGCUCAAGACGUAUUAUCCGCCACAGGCUGACCUCGCGGCGGGGCAGCCUGACCCGGGCCUGAUAGAGUCGAUCCGAGGGCGCCUACCUUCACUCACCGACAAGUACCUGACCACCCUGCUCGAGCAUUCUCGCUGGGCCCAGACGCGCACCGACCAGAGCACCCUCCGCUAUGGAGAGGUCUGCCGGAAGACGUAUCUCGAUGACCGGUACGAGAAGGCCGUGAAGCUCAAGGACUAUGGCCUGUGGAAUCAGGCUAUCGAGGUGGCCGAGAAUCAUGAUUCGAUCGCAGCACUAGCCGAGAUUAUGGUGGAGGAAGUCAAGAACCUGCGCCAGCGGGCGCUCGACCGCGAGCAGCCACCGAGCAGGGUUAUGCACCUCAGGGAGCGGGCACGUGUCAGACAGCACGAGAUUGCCGAGUCCUUUGAACGCUAUGGUGACGAGUUCGCAUUCGCCGUCUAUGAAAUUCUCCUCCGUGAGGAGGGUGUCAAGGCGGUCCUGGACUUCCCCGGUAACCGGAAGGGCUAUGCCACCAAAUUCCUGAGGACCAAGCCCGAGUUGUCCAAGAUCUCAUGGAUCAACGACGUUGAGCAGGAGAAGGACAUCAGCCAUGCAGCCGAGACGCUGAUCGAACUGGGGCUCAACCGUGAGCAACAGGUCUGGAACAAGAAGAUCGAGCUGAGCUUGGGCAAGCUGGCGUUGCUUGCCGAAGGAGUAUCCGUGUCGAGUGACGAGCCGGCGCGCAACCAGCUGGUGGUUGCUCGCGAUGGUCGCGGCGACAGGUCCGCUGCGGGACUGCGGACCAUCGACCGAGAGCUAGCCAUCAUCAAGAUCCAGGACAAGCUCUACAACAUCAUUCUGCCGGCGGUCAGCCUCGCUGUGGACGAGGCUGCCGAACUCGAACUUGCACUGGAAUACCACGCCGGCAACAUGCUGAAGAAGCACAAAGCCCUCCUCCACGUCUUCGAGGAUGCCAUGGCCCGCCUGCUUCGGCAUGAGGCUUUGGAGCCUCUGACCCUGAUUGACCUGCUCACACUGGUAUCCAUCAAGGUUGACCCAACAGUUCCCGGGUUCGACGUGUUGGACGACCUCUUCUUCUGUGCUCUGCGUGUGGCGCACCUUAGUCUGCGGGGAGAGGAAGUAAAGAAGGCGAACCGUGUCAUCUGGAGGCGGUGCUUCAUCCGUGACAAGUGGUCACGCAUCAACGACACCCAGUUCAAGGAUGACGGCGCCAUGAGCCGUACGCUCAGCGAGACGUCGCUGUAUCUGACGCUCUACGCCUGUCAUGAUUACAAGUAUCAUGGCGAGCAAAAGUUUGACCCCCUUGUCACGCCGUCCGAGGCGCUUGGCGUGUACACGGAGAGCCUGGAUAAUCGAUUCGACGGCAUGGACGACUCAUUGAAGCGCAAGCUUCUAGACGCCAUGAACGCCGAAGACGCCGAGCUCUCCAAAUACAUCAUGACGUCGAGGAUGGACCACUGGUACCAAACGGCAUUCGACGAGUCUAGGCGGAUGGUGCAGGAGGAUCUUGACAGGAGGACGGAGGAGGGCGCCGCCCUUGCCAACGGCAGUGCCAGGUCGCGCGGCAACGGCAGCAGCUCGAGCCCGCCGCCUUUCCUCAAUGGCAGUGGGUAGUAGAUUAGAUGAGACUAUGCUGGGGACGUAAAGGGAGCUGCGGAAGUAAUGUUUGUCACCGUAGCCUUCCCGGCGCUGGUGACAGGUGCGUAUGCAUGGAGAUUGUCGGAAAGCAAACAAAGGGCAUUGGGGGCACAUGUUGAGGCGGAUGGAUACGUUGGCGUUAUAGGGCCGGACUUGUGAUGCGAGGUAUUUCGAUGGAGGUUGGGGCCUUCUACACGGACUGUACAUAUAAUCUCAUUUGUCUGUAUUCAGGGCACGUUGCGUUCCCGUGACGAAGAUUUCCUUUAAAUCCUUUUUUUCGCCUUUCUUGCGAUACAUUGUAUUUUUGAUUGUUGCUUGAUGUCAUUGCGCGGUUGCUUCUCGUUCCAGUCGAAUAUCAACGUUGUUUGUCGAACCUGUUGAGAUGUUUAGUUGCCAACUAUUACCCAAACUUCUAAAAACCAUCCAUCACGACAGCCGAUACAGC